AUGAAAAGAACCACCACCACAAGUCCCAGCUGGGUCUCGUGUAGUUGUUUUUCUUCUCAAAAACCUUUUAUAUUUCAAAAACCGCUAUCAUUUUUUAACCAAAAUCUAAAAUAUAAAAUAGACUAAAAAAUAAAUAAUAUAACACAGAAGCCACCCCUCACUCGUCCAUUUCUUUUACUUUUCGUGUGUCGCCAGAAGCAGCAGCAAGCAGAAAGCAGCAGUCUUCCCCAUUCUUCUCACAGCUCGCAGAGUACAAAAAUCCAUCGAAGAAGAGAAUGGAAAUCAAUUUUGGUGGUGGUAAGUGGAACAGGGGAUACCAAAAAUAAUACUAAGACACCAAGUGCCCUAGUGCCGUUUCAAGUUUUGUGCGGAGCGGUAGUGGAUUUAUUAUUACUUUUUUGCCUAUUAUUAUUUAAAUUGGAUUCAUCUUCGGUUUCUUCAAAGAAUCGUUGACAACGUCGACGGCGUCUUCAAGGUUCACUAUCUCUGUCUUUUAAUAAAAGCUUGAUAAAUUACCAAGACAAUAUAGUUUGAUAAAUAAAAAACAACAUACAUUAUAAGAAUAACUAAAUACCAAAGGAAAUACUUGGAUAUAUAUUAGUGUCAAAAUUUGUCCUACUUACUGCCGAAAUAGAUUUCUUUAAGUGUGCUAUCGCGAUGGCUGCACCAGCAGCCUGUACGCGUUUCUCUGACAACUAUGAUAUCAAGGAGGAGCUCGGAAAAGGUGCUUUUUCAAUUGUGAAAAGAUGUGUUCAAAAAUCUACUGGCCUCGAAUUCGCCGCAAAGAUAAUAAAUACAAAAAAGUUAACUGCACGAGAUUUUCAAAAAUUAGAAAGAGAAGCACGAAUUUGCCGUAAACUACAUCAUCCUAAUAUUGUACGACUGCAUGAUAGUAUACAAGAGGAAAAUUGUCACUACCUCGUGUUUGAUCUGGUUACAGGUGGUGAACUUUUCGAAGAUAUUGUAGCACGUGAAUUCUAUUCAGAAGCCGAUGCAUCACAUUGUAUCCAACAGAUUUUGGAAUCGGUUAACCACUGCCACCAAAAUGGUGUUGUGCAUCGUGAUCUUAAACCAGAGAAUUUACUAUUAGCAAGUAAGGCAAAGGGUGCAGCUGUUAAGUUAGCUGACUUUGGUCUAGCCAUCGAAGUUCAGGGUGACCAUCAGGCAUGGUUUGGUUUUGCUGGUACACCGGGUUAUCUAUCGCCAGAGGUUCUUAAGAAGGAGCCAUAUGGUAAAUCGGUAGAUAUCUGGGCGUGCGGUGUCAUUUUAUACAUUUUGUUAGUUGGUUAUCCACCAUUCUGGGAUGAAGAUCAACAUCGAUUAUAUUCACAAAUCAAAGCUGGAGCGUAUGAUUAUCCAUCGCCAGAAUGGGAUACCGUUACACCAGAAGCUAAGAACUUGAUAAACCAAAUGUUAACAGUGAAUCCAAAUAAAAGGAUUACUGCAGCUGAAGCACUUAAGCAUCCCUGGAUCUGCCAAAGAGAACGCGUGGCUUCAGUUGUUCAUCGUCAAGAAACAGUCGACUGCCUCAAAAAAUUCAAUGCUCGACGUAAGCUUAAGGGUGCUAUUCUAACAACAAUGUUAGCCACGAGGAAUUUUUCAAGCAGAAGUAUGAUUACCAAAAAAGGCGAAGGAUCUCAAGUCAAAGAAUCAACCGAUUCAUCAAGCACAACUCUAGAGGAUGAUGAUGUCAAAGAAGAUAAAAAAGGAGGUGUUGAUCGCAGCACAACUGUAAUAUCUAAAGAGCCCGAAGAGAUAAGGAUUGUAUGCCCAGCUAAAGCUUGCCAACAGCUCUCCACAAAUUCUCAAUGCUCAGCACGCCGACAAGAGAUAAUCAAAAUCACGGAGCAACUGAUCGAAGCUAUUAACAGUGGUGAUUUUGAUAGUUAUACAAAAAUUUGUGACCCCCAUUUGACAGCGUUUGAGCCAGAAGCUUUGGGAAAUCUAGUCGAGGGGAUCGAUUUUCAUAAAUUUUACUUCGAAAACGUCCUCGGUAAAAACUGCAAAGCUAUUAAUACAACUAUUCUCAACCCACACGUUCAUUUGUUGGGAGAAGACGCAGCGUGUAUUGCAUAUGUACGGCUGACGCAGUACAUUGACAAACAAGGCCAUGCCCAUACACACCAAUCUGAAGAGACACGCGUGUGGCACAAACGUGACAGUAAAUGGCAAAAUGUUCAUUUUCAUCGGAGUGCAUCAGGAAAGAUAAGUGGUGCAACUACUUUCGAUUUCAUAAAUCAACAAAAAUAAAUGUGUCGAAAAGUAUCUUCUUCACUCUAGGAUAACUCAUUGUAUUUGAAUUUAUUUGUACUUAAAAAGAAAACAAAAAUCUAAUCUUAGUAAAAAAACAAAAACGAAAAGAAGCAGAAAGAAUAUAAUAGUACAAUUUUCGUAUUUCUUUGAAAAAAAAAAGCUUUUACUAAAAUUUUAUCAUCACAUAAUUUACCUUUCCUCAUUAUACACAAUUUUAACUUUCAUUGUCAUUUAAGAAAAAUUAAUUAUAGAAAUCACUCCAGUUUAAUAAAACAAAAACACGUAGGGUCUAUUUCUACUAUAAAUACAUAUAUACAUGUAUAAAUAUAUAUUAUGUAUAAGUUAAUAGAUAUAUAUGAGGAAAAUAAAAUAAAUUUAAAAAAAUUAAACACGUUGAAUAGAUAAAUUCUUAUACCCUAACAACAACAACCAAAUUUAUUGUUUUUAGUUAUAAAAUUUUAAUAUAUUCAUUGUUUUUGACAAAUUAUCUAAUAACAAAGUUUAAUACUGAAAAAUCAUUCAAAACUUUAAAACGUAAUAUAUAUAUAAAUAAACAUUAACUUACAACUACCUUAGACGCUUAAUGAAAAAGUCACUACAAUGUAUUUAAACAAAUAAAAAACAAAAAAAAAAUCAAAAUAAAAUAUAUCUCUUAUAUUGUUUUCAUUUUACACACAAGGAGGCAAAUAAAAGAUGUCAAAGUACCAUUUCUCUAUUUAUCUAUAAAUUAAUAAAAUUUAACUUAAACAUAAAGAAAACAAAAAAAGCUAAUAAUAUACCUUCACAAUAUUUUUUGCAUAUACAUAAAUAUGUUUAAAUUUUCAGUAAAAAAAGUGUUUGGAUUUUUAUUGAUUGUCAAUGUAUACCUAUAUAAAAAUAAAUUGUUCCAUACCAAAAAAAAAAUAAUCGUCACGUGAAAUUAAAUUGUAUUUCAUAAAAAAAAUUCAUAAAUAAAAACAAAAAAAUUAUUAUCGAUUCUUUAUUCUUUUCUUCGUUAUCGGUAUAGGUUAAUAUAAUAAAUAUUUAAAUAAAGAUAAAGAUAUAUUAAAUAAAUUAAUAAUGAACCUAAAAAAUACAUAAUUUGUUAUAAAUUUCAUCAUAACCUAACUUCAAAUAAAUAAAAAGUGGCUAAGAUAUUUUCAUUCGUAAAUUUUUCAAUCUGUUUUUUGCUUAAAAUAAAUUAACAAAAUAUCAACAAAAAGAAAAAAAAAACAAAACACAAAACCUUUAACCUAAGCGAAAUUAAAUUAAUUUUUUUUAAGAACAAAAAUCAAUAUAUACAUUUAAAAUAAAAACAAAAUAUAACGAAUUCUUUUAAUAUAUAAUAAAUAUAGAAAAUAAAAAACAAUGUCUAUCUGUCAUGGUAUGUUCACAGGGUUGUAAAUGUUAACUAGUAUUUUUUUUAUUUUUAAAUAUAUGUUUGGACGAUGUUUAUUUUAAAUGUUUGAUUCAAGUUUAAAAGAAUACUAUAUAAUUUUUGCUGUACUUAUAAUAUUCAGUUAUAUAUUUCUUGGUUUCUAUUUAGGAAAUUGAUUUGUUGGUUUUAUUUUUGUAUCCUGUUUGAUUGAAUUUUAUUUUUAUUGAGAAAAAAUAACAAAAGUUCGUUUAAUUUGAAUAUAUGAUUAAAUAAAUAUGCAAAUAAAGAUAAUUUUUAUGAAAACCACCAUA